UCUUUCCUCUCAUCACAAUCCCCUUCCUCUGACAUCAUGGAAGCAGGGAGUGUCUUCUCUUCUUGAAGUACAGAGUCCCAGGCCUCUCCAGGACAACACUCAGACAGAAAAGGCUCCAAGGUCCACCAUGAUGUCUGUCCCUUCUUCCCUAUGCUGCCCUUCUCUGCCAUCCCUGCUGCUGACUCUGCUGCAGGAUUCACAGUUCCCCCUACAGUGACAGUGUCCCAGUCUUCACGCUCCUCGGACUUGGUGGCUGUCACCUGCCGCGUGCAGAGAUUCUAUCCACAGAGUGUGCAUCUCACCUGGACAGAGAACUGCCAUACGAUCGAGGGAGCUGAGCAACGCACAUCCAAGCAGAAUAGCGAUGGGACCUACACCCUGGAAAGCUUGCAUUUGGUGAACGUGUCAGGGCCGGGGUCCGAACAGGUGCUCACCUGUAAGGUGCAGCACGAGGCCCAACCUCCCAUCCAGGCCAGCCUCAUACUGUCUGCGGAAGCACACGGCACAUACAAGUCCAUCGGAAGCUCAGGUCCCGAGAUACCUGUCCUCAUCUUUGUGGCAUUCCUUCUGGGCUUCAAGGUGCUGCUGGCGAUGAGUUUCAUAGUCACCUACAUCUGCAGGUGGCGGAGCCGGUAACAGCUUCUGCAUGAACUGCAAUGCAUUGCCUCCCGUCCUGUGCAAGAGGCUCACAUAGGGGAGAACCUGCCCCCCAUCCCCCGCCUUCCAUCCUGGAUAUGCCCCCUUCCCCACACCCUCCUGAUGGUCCUUCUUUCUGAGCAGAGUCCUGAUGUUCUGCUCUCUUCAGAGCAAAGUCAAGGAUGGACCCUGGUCUCAAGGACCCAGAGACCCUGAUGCACUGAGCUUCACACUGGCCCUGCCUCUGCCCCGAAGACAAUCAAGAGGGUCAAGAAAAGAAGGUUCCCAUUCUGUCUGUGAUCAGGAACAGCCUUUCAAUUUCAGAGCACAUUUUACUUUUCUUUUUUAAAUGUUAAUUCCAGUAUAGUUAACAUACAGUGUUAUUAUAGUUUCAGGUGUACAAAAAUAGUAUUCAGCAAUUCUAUACAUUACUCAGUGUUCAAAAUGUAAGUGUACUCCUAAUCCUCUUGGUCUGCUUAACCCAUCCCCCCACUUCCCCACUUCCCUCCCCUCUGGUAACUAUCAGUUUGUUCUCUAUAGCUACGAGCC